UUCCGCAUAAACCAUUUUCCCUCCAAAUCGAAGCGGGAGCGGCAAAGAGGGGCCCGUUCGCGCGAGGGUUUCGUCACUUCCAGAAUUACAGUCCCUCUGUUCCUUUCCAGCCUUGCGAUCUCGAUUUUUGCUGAUACCCAGCAGCAAACGACAUCAGCAAUGUCGUCGUCUUCUUCGUCUUCCGCGUCGGCCUACGACAUGCCAUGGGUGGAGAAGUACAGGCCGAACAAGGUCGGCGACAUCGUCGGCAACGAAGACGCCGUGUCGAGGCUCCAGGUCAUCGCUCGCGACGGCAACAUGCCCAAUCUCAUCUUAGCCGGUCCUCCUGGAACUGGUAAGACCACUAGUAUACUUGCUCUUGCACAUGAGCUUUUGGGACCAAAUUAUAGGGAGGGUGUUUUAGAGCUGAAUGCAUCUGAUGACAGGGGAAUAGAUGUGGUGAGGAACAAGAUUAAAAUGUUUGCUCAAAAGAAAGUAACACUUCCUCCUGGGCGCCAUAAAAUUGUCAUCUUGGAUGAAGCUGACAGCAUGACAUCUGGAGCGCAACAAGCUUUGAGGCGGACAAUGGAAAUAUAUUCAAAUUCCACGCGGUUCGCUCUUGCAUGCAAUACUUCCUCCAAAAUCAUUGAGCCUAUUCAGAGUAGAUGUGCCCUAGUCCGAUUUUCUAGAUUAUCCGAUCAGGAGAUACUUGGUCGUCUAAUGGUUGUGGUCCAAGCUGAAAAGGUUCCCUAUGUUCCAGAAGGUCUGGAAGCCAUCAUUUUUACUGCUGAUGGUGAUAUGAGGCAGGCAUUGAAUAACUUGCAAGCUACAAACAGUGGAUUCCGGUUUGUCAACCAAGAAAAUGUUUUCAAGGUCUGUGACCAGCCUCAUCCAUUGCAUGUAAAGAAUAUGGUUCGUAACAUUCUUGAAGGAAAAUUUGACGACGCUUGUUCGGGUCUCAAGCAGCUCUAUGAUUUGGGCUAUUCACCCACUGACAUAAUCACAACUUUUUUCCGUAUCAUUAAAAAUUAUGAUAUGGCUGAGUAUUUGAAACUGGAAUUCAUGAAGGAAACUGGGUUUGCUCACAUGAGAAUCUGCGAUGGAGUUGGCUCAUAUCUUCAGCUGUGUGGUCUUCUGGCUAAGCUUUCCCUAGUUCGUGACACAGCCAAAGCGACAUAAGAAAUAUUAACUACUAGAAUCUGCCUAGUCCUGAUGGUUGCGAACAUUUGAUGGUUCUGUUAUUUAGGUAGUUUAGAAAUGCUUUGUAUUCUCAUGAGAACUUGAUCGUUUAUGCUGUUACUGAAUGGAAAUUUUACUUGGACAA